CACACACACACACAGGAUGCCACAAUAAGGCAAAUCUAAUUGAAAUCUUUGGAGCUCCAGUCUUUGGAACGACCUUUUCAGACUGAACUGUUAUUCCUCUCAUGCACCUAACAGCAGGAAGCGGCCGCAUGCACAGUUCUACACGUCAUCGUGGAGUUAUGAUCUCCAAGAUAAAGGCCAGAACCUUUUCUCUGGAAGAAAAAUAAGCUGUGGGCAGGAGAAUGUGACGCACACAGAAAAGCAUGUUUUUGGUGCCUGAAAUAGAAGAGAAGAUAGAGCCAAGGACUGGAAAGAGAAAAAGGGUCUCAGACAGAUGCAAAUAGGAAACAGUGGACUAUUUCUCAGCCUCCUGCUGCCAGAUUUGGAAAGGAACACAACAAAAUUGUGUAAUUUGUGUGGCAGUUGUCCGUGGGAACUCUUCCACAGUGCUUCAGAAUAACAGUCCAUGAAGACAAGAAGAAGGAGCGCACUCCUUAAGUCAAAUUUCUGUGGACUACAGCACAAGAUUUGGAAGGAUCACAGCUCCAACCGUAGCCCAGACGGGAAGGAGUAUCCUGGAAAACUGAGCUGUUCCUUUCCUGCUUGUUUUUGAACUUAUUCAUUGUUUUCCAGUUAGGACUAAAACGUGCGUCUUCCAUCUGGACCAGCAGAAUAAGAGACGGCUUCAUCUUAUGAGAGAGAAAAAAAAAGGUUUGAUCCACCUGGAAUGAAACGUUCUCUCCUCUCCCGCUGAAGACUUCUGCUUCACCUGCAUCAACAAAAAAAAAAAAACAUUUUGGGAGAUGGAGAUGGAGAAGAAACAUUUAUCUAUCAGGAGAGGCACGAGCUGGAACCCUGGAGAGUUGAGGAAACCUCUCCAGGCAGCAACACAGGACAUGCAUACCCCUGAGACAGACUGCAAUGCAUCAUGGGAGAAGAGGGGUUUCAACAAAGAUGAGGUCAUCAGUAAAACAAAUCUGUGCAGAAGUGCCAGUUUGUCAGAGAAGGAGCUAAAGGAGGCUCGUAUCCGGAGCCAGAUCAUUGCUGCUCAGCUCACUGUUCCUUCCAACUCCAACUCCAGCUCCAGAGGAGUCCAGCUCUUCAACAGACGCAAGCAGCGUGUCAACGCCUUCACACUCGAAAGCAGUGGCGAGGGGUCAGUGAGAGAGGGAGCAGAGAAUGUAAAAACAGAUUCCUCAUCUAAUACGCUGACAUGGGCAGAGAGGGGAAGUGAGGAGAACGACAGAAGCCAGAACUGUAAGAAUAGUGCCACCAAGCCAACCUUGUCAGCACCUGGGGAAGCAGACACAGCAGGUGAAAUCAUGGAGGAGACAGCUGAGUAUUUUCACAAGGAAGAUGUUAUAGAGGACAGCAUUACCCAAGAGAGGCAUUUUCUUCCUGUGAAGGAAAUUGAAGAAGAGGAGGCAGAGGAGGCAAAAGAUACAAUCCAUGUGGAGUUUGAGGGCAAAGUCAAAGAUGAGGUCCCCCUUGGUAACAAUAAUACUGAUCUAACUUUGAUGGGACGUGCCGAGGGAGAAGUGGGGGUAAAUGUGGUUCACUCCCCUGCUGGAAACCUCCUUAAUGGCUGCCAUAGUAGCUCUGGACUCGAGAGGGUGGCUUUGUCGACAUCCAAACAAACAACCAUCAAUCGAACUGCCAGACCGUUUUUCUUUUCCCCAACAGUGCAGUCCCCAAAGGCAGGCAGCCCCGUAAUGGACAUCGCCCCACCUCCAACAUACACCACUCCUUCUCUCCCACCUUUCCCUGCUCACCAACCUGUGGCACUCUCACCUCCACCUCCGCCUCCAUCAUAUCCCACACCUCCUCUACCAGUUUUUACUAAUCGGUCUCUGCAUACCUACUCCAGUCCACCACCAGCAUCUCCUGUCAUGUCUCUUUCCUCUCCUCCACCGCCCCAUUUUCCUCCUGCUGCAUCUCAGCAUGGUCAUACAAACCCACCUAUGCCCCAUUACGGCCCACCAACAGCACCAAAGCCGUCCACUUUUGUGCCUCAGUCCAUGGGAGAGAGGAAACCCAUGGUGUCAAUCAAAACGGGAAUACUUGAGGAAGGCGUUACCAGAAGAGCACAUAAGAAAUCAAUGUUCACAUUCAAAGAGAAGCCAGUGAUAGCUCCAAACCCUGAGUUGCUCUCUCUGGUCCAAGGGGUGGAUGAAAGGAAAAAACAUGGACAACGACCUGUGCCUGAGCCAACAUCUGAGGAAGAAUUACUGGCCUUGGGGGCAGAAGCUUCUAACUUUCUCACUAAAAAUGAGGACAAGGCCGAGGAAGUCAGAACUCCAGAAUGGUCCUCUUGCCUCAAGAGCUCCACAACCCGACCAAGAGAAGAGCACAAACCAGACCAGAGCCUUACCAAUGCAUCAGGAAAGGGGGCUGAGCUGUUUGCCAAACGUCAAUCCAGGAUGGAGAAGUAUAUACUGGAGAAUCAGAAUCCAGGACAAAUAAGGUCUCCUUCUCCUACUAUGUCUCUUCCACCAUCUUGGGUGUAUCCAUCAAACAUGCCUGGUAGGGUCAAGGCUAUUGCCAAAAACUCUGACAUGACUGCUCAACUUUCACAGAACAUAAAUGCCCAACAGGCAGUCAAGCGAAAACCUACUAAAAAAGCCCCACCACCAGAGCCAGUUCCAGAGCCAACUCCUUUGGAAAAUGGGUGCACCAAGAUUGAGAUGGAUCUGUCAAGGCACCGGCCUUACCAGCUCAACUCUUCCCUUUUCAUUCUCAACCCAGUCAAGGAUCCCUUGAGUUCACUCCCCAGAGGAGCACCACAGCCCAAGAACCUGAUUCCUACCCAAUCUCACUCCAGACUGAGUUCCUUACCAAAUAGUCCUCUACCCCAGUUCACAGGCGGAGCAGAAUAUCCAUCAGAUUACAGAGUUACCCCCAUGUCUGGGCCACCAGUGAUCAGUUCUGCCACAUCUUCCUUUUCUCCAGAACGUGUGUCUUCUCCUCGGUCUGGAGUCCAGGCACCGAGACCUACAUUUUCUACCAAGAAAGCAGGGAUUGAACCACAGACAACAAAGGAGUCCAGCCUGUGUGAAACCCCCAGAGAAUCACCCACACCAAUCAAGACAACCAGUUUCAUGAGGUGUUUCAGCAGUCCAGAAAGUCCCACUGUUGUAACAUGGAGUCCUACUCUUCAAACUAACACCUCUUCCUCCAGCACCUCUAUCUCCAGAUACCCACUCAUGUCUUCUGUGUCCCCUCCUGAUCGUACAACAUGCCAGUCUCCAAUGGCCAAUCAGAAGAACCAAUAUCCCACUGUUUCAUCUGUUUCCAUAUUGCAAACAAACCAAGCAUCUACAACCAAUUCUCCACUCUCACCGAUGAUAAACCACAAAACAAGAGGCUCCACCAUCUCUUCCAGUUCCAAUUCCAAAACCUCCCAAACAUCUGCAACAACUACUGUUUCUCCUUCGUGGAGUCAGAGCCAGAAUAACCAAUCCACCACUAUUGUCUCCAGUUACACUUUUAGACCUUCCCAAGCAUCUACAGCCAGCUCAUCACGCUCUCCUUGGAGUACAAGAUGUCAGUCUCCAGUGGUAUGCCAAAAUUCCCAGUCACCCACCAUCUCUUCCACUCUUGCAUCAAGACCUUCCACAACAACUGUAAGUACUUCUCCUCCUUGGAGUACAAGGUGCCAAUCCCCAACAGUGAGCCUAAAUACCCAGUCUUUCAGUGUCAUCUCCAAUACCACACCCAGACCAUCUCAAAUAUCUACAACAAACUCGUCACGCACUUCUCCUUGGGGUUCGAGAUGCCAGUCCCCAGUGAUGAGCCCAAAUAUCCGUUCUUCCACUAACCUCUCUAAUUCCAUAUCCAGAGCUUCCCAGACAUUUACAUCAAGCUCAUCACGCUCCUCUCCUUGGGGUUCCAGGUGUCAGUCCCCACUGGUACAUCAGAAUUUCCAGUUUUCUACUGUCAUCUCCACUUCCACAUCCAGAGCAACAAACACAUCUACAGUCACAUCUCCAGUGUCUCCACCUUGGGGAUCACGUUGCCAGUCUCCUGCACUCUCUCAGAACAGUUUAUCCUACCCUGUCACUAAAACCUUAAAUAUACCUAUCACCGUCUCUCCAGUUUCCCCAUCCAGAGAGAGAGAAUGUAUGUCCCCCAUUGUUACUAACCUAGACUCUAAGGCCAACCAUCGCCUCCUGGCAAAAAACAUCAUCAAUGCAGCCAAACGUAAAAACAGCCCUUCUCCUGGUGCACUGAGUGGUCACAGCCUCCCUAUCUCACCUCUUGGGUAUUCCCCCAACAGUUCAGACAGUCACAAACCCCCUAUCAGCUCUUUCCAUUCGCGCUCUUUGCGGACACAUUCACCUGUCUUCACCAGCCCCCCUCCCACUCCAGCAAAUAGGAUCUGCUCCCCUGUGAGGUUCUACAACACCCGCUCCCUCACCGACUCCGAUGCCUCAAUAGAGUCAGAAGACUCCGGCCUUCGGUCACCAAGUCUACAUUCCUACAACACAUGUCCUCGAGGCUGGGGUGGCAGCCUAAGAGUGAAGAGAAGCACGGUCUCCACUGAUCUGUGAGACAAUUACUUGAUGGUAACCAAAGCAUAGAUUUCAUUGUCACCGAAAGACAGCGAAAACUCAGAUGGAAUCUCAUCAUACUAUAACAUGCUUUGUAACUCUGAAUAAGGAUUGGUCACAACUGAGAAUAAGGUAGUAGCAUGUCGCUAAUUCACAUAUAAUAAGACAGUAACAUGUUGCAAACUCGCAUCUAAUUGGCCUGACAAGAACAAGCAUUUUAACAGUUCCUGUGACUUGUAGGCCUCACUAUAACCAAGGAUAUAAAGAUAUGUAUGCUUACUAUAAGUGGAUAUCAUGCUUUUUACAUGUUCACACAAAGCUGCGAUUUACAUUCACUUUUAAUAGUUUUAGGUAACAGAGGUAUUGCUGGUCUGGUGGAAGAAAACAUUUUAAUGUAUAGAAAGGCAGAGAAAUGCAUGAAUACUUACACAUAUUUUACUGGACUGUUCAGUAUAUUGGCAAAUGGUGUCUCUUAAGCAUGCAGUAUUUGUAAAAUACAAAACUGAAAUAUACAGUGCAUUCACAUGACAGCUGUAGCUUUAGAUUAGACUGAGGAAAAUUAUUUGACAUUGUGUUUCUUCAACUUUUUUUGAAACAUAAAACUGGUGUUAUACCAACAAUUCACAUUAUAAUACAAUAGCCAUUGUAUUCACCAAAGCUUAUUUUCCACAUUAAUCUGGAAUACAUUUUAUGCAUAAAAUUCACAGUGCAAUAAAGAAUUUGACACAGUGUUCAUAUAUUUAUGUACUGCAUUUGCCAAAAUGAAUGUAAACCUUAUAGAUGGACUGACGGAAAGUGACAGAAAGAGAGAAUUGUAUUUGAUUGGACGUGGAUGCAGCAGCACUGUUUUCCGGAUUGUGAAGAAAACAAAUUACACUCAACAAAAAUAUAAACGCAACACUUUUGGUUUUGCUCCCAUUUUGUAUGAGAUGAACUCAAAGAUCUAAAACUUUUUCCACAUACACAAUAUCACCAUUUCC